AUGGGCCCCGGCGGGGAACAUAACACGCCUACUCCGACCAAGCGAGACCGGACCACGUCUGACACCAACAAGGUGCCAGAUGGUACCAGGUUCUCGAAGACCAACUUGCAACAUUGCAAGGUGGCAACGGACAUUCUCCUGUGCCGCCUAACGAUGGGGCAGACAGAUAUAGCCCUCAUACAAGAACCUUGGAUUCACAAGGAACGUGUAGGAGGGCUAAACACGGGGUGCGGCUCACUCUACUAUGAUGCCAAAUCCACAAGGCCCAGGGCCUGUAUCUCCGUCAAGAAGAAGAUAGCGGCCCUGAAACUUAAUGAAUUCUGUACAGCUGAUCUUCCAGCGGUUAAGGUUAAACUUAACCUUGGUGGGAAUACGUCAGAGCUGGUGGUAUGCUCGGCGUACCUGCCGUAUGACUCCGAGGAACCUCCACCUACGAGGGAACUCAGGGCUCUGAUAGAUCACUAUGCUGUCAACGGUCUGCACCUGGUGAUCGGUUGCGACGCUAACUCGCACCACACCGUAUGGGGCAGUACAAAUACCAACGGCAGAGGCACAGCUUUGCUGGAGUACCUCGCCAUCACGGGCCUGGAGAUCCUCAACAAAGGCUCCUCUCCCACCUUUGUUACCUCCCGCAGACAGGAUGUGAUUGAUAUGACCCUGGGCUCCGCCAAGGUGACACAGGUCAUUAAACACUGGCAGGUACGGGACGAGAGCACACUCUCGGACCACCGCCUUAUUACCUUCGAACUAACAGGUGACAGGGACGGCGGCACUGGUGAGGCCUACAGGAACCCAAAGGCCACCAACUGGGCACUCUAUAAAGAGGGCCUGGAAGGGAGGCUGGAGGGGAACUGUCAUCGUCCCAGGACCAUAGGCGAAAUUGAGCAAGCGGUGGAGCAUCUGAGCUCCGCCAUUACUCAAGCCUAUGAAGCAGCCUGCCCGGUCAGAAUCAGGAACAGAGCCCAGGAAGAUUCAAGAGCCCAGAAACUGACGGGAUCUUCCCAGCACUCCUACAAGAGGGCGGGGAGAACCUGUACAGGCGCCUGGGCCAGGUCUUCAAAUCCUGCCUAG